AAACAAUACCUUCACAUAUUAAGUUACAUAUUGCGUGGUAUUAAACAAGAAAAUGUAAAAGUAGAUGCCGAUGCACCUUUUAACGUGAGCCAGUAUCAGUCUUUGAAAAAUGCUGUGGAAUUUAUAAUAUUAAUUGGAAUUAAGCCCUUUCUAUUACCUGGUGUAGGUAUAGAUAUAGAUAAAUUAUGCCCCAUAGCUUCAACAAUUACUCAGGAAGAAGACUUGAGCUGUCUGGAGAAAUAUGAACGAUUAUGUUUUUCAACACACUUACUCCUAGAUCUUUUCGAUGAUCUCAAUUUACGACCGGCUGUACUUUUAAGAAUCGGCCCUCUAAUAGCCGCUCUAUUACAAUUGUCUCAUGCUCCGCUAGCUAAACCAUCGAACGAAGUUCGGCCCAUGAAUUUAAAUAACCAAGAGUUUUAUAUGACAGUGGAGGAAUAUCAAAGGCUACAGAAUCGUCAAAAAGCAUUUCACGCUAAAUUUAUUUCCCUAUUAAGUAAUUGUCCACGUAACAUAUGUUUUCGGGAAUUAAUGGCAAUUUGUGGAGUGCAAAAUACACCAAGGUGGCUACGUAGAGAAACUCAUAACUAUCUAAUUAACAUGCUUACGCAACCGGAUGGAGUAUCAUCGUUAAUCGCCACAAUUUAUAACGAUGGUUUAGACCUGGGUGCGGAUUGGAAAAAAUUAGAUACGCUUUCCCGGCUGAUAACAGCAACUCAUGGAAAGAACGUCGAUCAAUAUUAUGAAGCCGUAUGUCCGCAGAUUUUAGAUCUGUUUUUCUCUGAUAAGUUCAAGCAUGGCACAAUAAUAGCGAACUGCUGUAUUAAAUCUCUGUAUGAUUACAAUCCACGUGCUUGUCAGAAGUAUAUUAUAGAAGUCGUUUGUGCACCUCUAACAACGAAGAAAGAACCACAUGUUAUAAAAUCUGAAAAAGAGGUUGAACGGUGUAUAGAAAUAUUAACAAAAUGUUUUUUAACGGAGGACGCCAAGUUCAAGCAUCUACCUUGCAAAGUUAUUUUGCACGUUGCCACGCCUCUAUUUUGCCUGUACGAUAAAGUCCGCGAAAGUGCUUGCUCAUUAAAAACGAAUUUACGACAAUUGUUAUUAAAAAUCUUCGAGGAAGAUACAACGCGGGAAAAGCUUUAUUCAGCUUUUCUAGGACACGAUACUUCAGCGGGAUUUGGGAAUUAUGUGUCAUCAGAAUUUGGGCCGACUGGCGGUAUCGAGAUUAUUGGUUUGAAUGAAAGUUUGGACUACGAAAAACUAGCUGAUACCAUUUUUGACCUAGUGUCCACCGCUAAAGACUUAUCGCCCAGCUUAUUUUGUUACAUGUUAAAGUUCAUGUCAAAUCAAAAUAAACGGAGCUGCGAAAUUGAACAACCGAAAACAUUGGAGACAGAAGAUGAUAAAAUAGAACGCAUCACGAUGCAGUUAGCGGCUCAUAAACUUCUGUCACAAUUAGCCAGCACAAGUACUGUUCAAGACGCACAGGUGAAAGAUCCCGAACCACUGCUGUCGUUUAUAAAAUCGUUGUUCGACGAUUAUACAAAAAGCCGUUCGGAUGAAACCGAAGAAAACGAAUGCGAGAUGCUGUACAUCAGCUUAAUGUGGAUAAAAAUGAUUCUGCUUGAGAAGAGUGCAGCGAUCAAGAUCGAUCUCUUCAAAGAUUUUAAAACAUUUUUGGAAGAUCACCUGAAAAAUUCCAAUAUGCCGACGCAACUUAAAUCAUUAAUCAGCGAAGUGGUUGCCUGUAUCACGACACAUGAUUCCCGACCCAGAUCCGAAAGGAAAUACUAUCAAGACUUGUCCAGUUCGUCGGACAAAUUUGAUGAAGCCUUGAAGGAUCUCGCAGACCCAUUACUUCCUGUUCGGGCGCAUGGUCUUGUGACACUCACGAAACUGAUUGAGACUAAAGAUCCUUAUGCUAUUGCGCGUAAUGCGAUCAUUUUGCGUUUAUUUGAGGAAAAUUUGAAGCACGAGGAUUCGUUCAUAUAUCUGGCAUCUAUCAACGGACUAUGCGCAUUAGCAACUGCAUUUCCAGAAAAAGUUAUAGAAACGCUGAUGCUUGAAUACAUUGAUAUGCCCAAACGUGCCGCAAUCUCGGAAAUAACUGUUGAAACUAGGAUAAAGCUCGGGGAAAUACUAGUCAAGACAACGAGAGCCCUGGGUGAAAUGAGCGUGGUUCAAAAAAACACGCUGGUUAACGGUUUUUUGUGCGCAAUCCGCGAUACGGAUCCCUUUGUACGAGCUUCUGGUCUCUCUUGCUUAGGGGAACUCUGUAAAGUAUUGAACUACCGUCUGGGAAACAUUCUCACCGAAAUUCUCUACUGCAUCACAUGUAUAUUGAAAACAGACAAAGUACCUGAAUGUCGACGUGCCGCUGUGCUGGUCGCAACGCUUCUGUUUCGUGGUCUCGACCGAGACUUGUUGAGCACCUGUACCAGCGAUAUGAUCGAUCUGUACCGCGAAUUGCGCAUUUUGCGAGACGACAAAGAUCCCGUGCUGCAGCUUCAUGUUCAGUUAGCCUUAGAAGAGAUCGACCGCAUCAUGCGGGACUCUCUAUUCACGGGAUUUCCCACGUUAAAAAAGACGAUAUCGGAGUUGAAU